UUACAAAAUAAGGGAAAACAAUUUUUUACAACAUUCAACCGGCGUAAUGUUACAACUGCGUGUCCACUCAAUGUUAAAAACACAAAUUUGAUUUAAUGCAUUUUAAAUUAGCUCUCAAAUAUAAUAAGUUGUGUGCAAUUAACGCUUUCAGAGCGAUUUGAAUGAAAACAUAAUUUUUUAAAUCAAAUAUUAAACUAUACAUUUUGCAUUUUUCGACCCGAAUAAAAUGAAUUUAUUACAAAUUUUCACUUUUCUCUUCAUCGCAUUCAUGAUGAAAGCGAUUAAUUGUGAAGAAGGAACACUUGAAAAACUAACUAUUUCUGGUGCAAGUCGCGUUGAACCAGUACCACAAGGACGUUCCUAUGCUAACCGGGGAUAUUAUGAUGUAACAACUGAAUGUUCUGUUGGGACAGAAUGCACUCCCCUGCAGCAUUGUACAACUAUGGUUUAUGAAGUGGCUAAAAUGUGUUACUAUGGCGACAAGUCAUUUUUCUGUGGGGCUAGCGGGGAUGAAGUGCCAUAUGUAUGUUGCCCGAGUAAUCCGCUGGAAAAAAAUCAGAUAUGCGGCCGGACGUUGGUGCAAGGACAAUUUUAUCGGGGAUUGGGUACAUAUCCAUUCAUCGCUAGAGUGGGCUUUAAACACAUAAACACAGGUGGUUUCGCUUAUCCAUGCGUAGGCUCUAUUAUAGCACGGCGUGUGAUACUGACAGCAGCUCAUUGCGCUUUGGCGAAAGCGGAAGGCCAUAGGCUAUCAUCAGUGAGAGUAGGUGAAUACGAUACUUCAACUGAUCCUGAUUGUGCUAGCACUGGAUUUUGUGCUCCUCGUUCAAUAAAUCAUGCCAUCAGUCAUGUUAUUGUUCACCCCGAUUAUAAACAAGGGCAAUAUCAUCACGAUAUUGCUCUGCUAAUAUUGAAAACUCCGCUUAACUAUUCAGUGGCUACUCAACCAAUAUGUUUACAAAAAACUCGUGCUAAUUUGGUGGUGGGGAAAAGGGCGACAAUAGCUGGUUGGGGUAAAGUUUCUACGUCAAGUAUGCGACAACCUGAAAUGUCAUACUUGGACGUACCGUUAACUAGUUGGGAUUUAUGUUUGCGAAAUUAUGCUAAUACAGGUGCUUUGGAAUCGCCGGGAUCCAUUGAUGGCCAGUGGAUGUGUGCGGGUGGUGAGGGUAAAGAUGUAUGUCAAGGAUUUGGUGGAGCACCGCUUUUCACACAAGAGAACGGAAUAUUCUCUCAGGUCGGCAUUAUGUCUUUUGGAUCCGAUAAUUGUGGUGGCCUACGCGUACCUAGUGUUUAUACUUCUGUAACGCAUUUCGUAGAUUGGAUUCAAGAUAAUACACCAACGGAGUAA